AGCGCAAGUCGUAUCGGUUUUAAAACGCGCAUCGAUGGGGAGUCUGGAAACGCGUAAAAACAAGUACCGCGCAAUAAUUCUUGUUAAUUAUAUCAAUUACCAUACAAUAACGCGAUGUUCUUUUACUGCUGUAUCGAUCUGGUUAUAAUACUUUGAUGAAGGGUGUAAAUUUUACGGGGAAAGAUCGCCUAGUCGAACUAUUAGAAAAGUGUAGUGAUUUAUGUGGGUGACAGAAAAGUACAUUGCGGGAUUUGCCUAUCGUAUUCUUUAUUUCCUUAUUUACUUAGAACCGUCAGUCGAUAACAGCUCGUAUAUACGCGAAAUCGACGCGAGUUAUAUAUAGAGUUAAAUGCGUACAUACACAAACGUAUCGUCUAGCCUGCAAACAUCGGUUCAGUCAGUCAGUGGCAAGAAAAAAUGGCGGAUGUCGAGUUGAACGUCGACAACCUGAUACAAAGAUUGUUGGAAGUAUACCACACGCAGAAAGACCAGGUUCAGAAGAAAGCCAAGCUAAAAGAUAUUUUCUCGUCGGAUUUUGUCGUCAGAGGAUGCCGACCAGGAAAAACCGUUGUUAUGUCGGAGGGCGAAGUGCGCGGCCUUUGCCUGAAAUCGCGGGAGAUCUUUCUUCAGCAGCCGAUCCUGCUCGAACUGGAGGCGCCGCUUAAGAUAUGCGGCGACAUUCACGGCCAAUACACCGAUUUGCUACGAUUGUUCGAAUACGGCGGUUUCCCGCCAGAAGCGAACUAUUUGUUUCUCGGUGACUACGUCGAUCGGGGCAAGCAAUCGUUGGAAACGAUAUGCUUGCUGCUCGCGUACAAAAUUAAAUACCCAGAAAACUUCUUCCUGUUGCGGGGUAAUCACGAGUGCGCAAGCAUAAACAGGAUAUACGGAUUCUACGACGAGUGCAAAAGACGGUACAACAUCAAACUAUGGAAGACGUUUACCGACUGCUUUAACUGUUUGCCGAUCGCUGCGAUCAUCGACGAGAAGAUAUUCUGUUGCCAUGGCGGGCUCAGUCCGGACCUUCAGAAUAUGGAACAAAUAAGAAGAAUUAUGCGCCCAACCGAUGUACCUGAUACUGGCCUUCUCUGUGACCUGCUGUGGUCGGAUCCGGACAAGGAGGUCCAGGGAUGGGGUGAAAAUGACAGAGGCGUAUCUUUCACCUUUGGCCCAGACGUGGUGUCGAAAUUUUUAAAUCGUCACGAUAUGGACUUGAUCUGCAGAGCGCAUCAAGUUGUUGAAGAUGGUUAUGAAUUCUUCGCGAAACGACAGCUGGUCACUUUGUUUUCUGCACCGAAUUAUUGCGGAGAAUUCGACAACGCCGGUGGAAUGAUGAGCGUCGAUGAAACGUUAAUGUGCAGUUUUCAGAUCUUGAAACCUUCCGAGAAGAAAGCUAAAUACCAGUACUUAAGCGUGAAUACAGGUCAAGCGACAAGACCAUCUACGCCACAAAGGAAUCCAGCCAAAAAGAAAUGACAGCCUUGUACUCAUCUUCUGACAUCAACGCCAUUAGCGGAUGCUCUUGUGUUAGGUAAACUGAUUUUACGUUUAAGGAAAUAUCUCCUAUUAAUGUUCUAAGGUAAACAUUAGUAGGCCGAGAAAAAUUUACGUUAAUUAAUUAACAUUAAGGGGAAUAACGUCGUUAUACCGGAGAAUGUGUAACAAAAGGUGAGGCAUGGUAGUGGUGUUUGAUCGUCGGCAAUUAUUUGUGAUUGUGAGAGACUUUGAAACGCGAUUUCAGUUCUUUUCUCGCCUCGUAUCAUUUAAAUCUUAGCGUUUUAAGUAAAUUAUUAUGUUGACUGAUUAGCGAUUAAAACGUUAUACGUGUAUUAAUAGAAACUGUUCCGAGUGUGUUUCUAAAGGAACGUUCAAAAAUAGAAAUGAAAAAUGAAAGAAAAAACAAAAAGAUAAUUCUAAGUUUGCUAAUACUUUUCAUGAGUAUUAAUUUUCAUGUUUCAGCAUGAAGACGUCAAGAGAAGUGUGUAAGAUUACAUCUUCCUUGAUUACAUCUUAAUAAGAUAAGUAACAUAAUUAAAAAAGCGAUACGUUUUUUUUUUUUUUCAAUUUUGAACAAGGAUCACUUCCGCAUUCUCUGGGAAAUUAUUUACGUGUAUCUUCCAGAUGCGGGUGAUCCUUCAUGCCAUUAGCGUUUAAUGAAGUUUCGACAUUCUCAUUUGAUUAUUUAUUGCUUCCAUCGUUAAAUGUUCAGUGUAAUUAAUUAGAUUUGCUGACUAUUCCUAAUAAUUCUACUAUUAUUGCCAUCGCUUUGCAGCUGAUUUAAUUACAUAUAAUCGUUUAACAACGCGCUACCCGCGUUAUGUACAUAGAUAUUCAUUUUAUUUCGCUCCAUGUGUUUAUUUCCUUUUCUUUUCUUUUUCAUCUCAUCCCCAUAUAGAUUUCAAUAUUUUACUUUUUAAUGUUCUAUAAAUAUUGACAGCACGUUCCAAGAUACGUUGUAGAGAUAUUGAAUCGUUUAUUCUGUAAGAAUGAUAAAUCAGAGAGGAACAGAGAGAAGCAGUAUUUUUAAGAUAACGAUUCUAUGCAGAUUACAUAUGCUCGUAAAAUGAGAAUUCAAAAUAAUCGUUUGAAACGCAGAAUAUUAUUAUUAAGAGGUUGUCUGUAAGAAAGGAUAUAAUUCAAACUAAUAAUUAAUCUUUCUAUUGGAUACAAUGCACUCAGAUGAUUGUCACUUCUAAGAACUUACUAUUUCACUUUCAGAUGUUUUGUCAGUAUUUCUAUCGAUUCGUUGCUCAUUUGAAAUAUCAUAUUUUUAUCAUCAGCUUAAACGUUAAGCAUCGUGCAGCAUUUAAUUAAUUUUUUUUCAGUACACGCUUGAAUAGCAUAGCGAUUAUAUUAUUUCAUUUCAGUUUACAUUUUGCAAGGCAUUUAUUUCUUUCAGAUUAUUCUCUACGCUGAACACUUAUUCUUUCUAACAAAUUAUGCAAAUGUAGUUCGCAUAAAAGAAAAUAACGCGUAUUAGAAAGUAUCGAAAAACAACUUGAAUACUGACCUGUAUAGAAGAUAAGGAUUUAAAAGAAUUUACAAAGAAUAUAUAUAUUAAAAAUAAAAAAGGCGAAAAAAGAACAAAAAAAGAAACAAUAAAUUAUAAAAUGGAAAAAAAGAAUUACCUUAGAUUGCACUGUAUCGUCAGAGUAAACUUAGUUCGAGAAGCGAGAAAGCAUCAACGCGCGUAUUAUCUGAAAGUGAAAUAAUCAAUUUCAAUGUGUAUCGUUAAACGAUAAAAAAAAGAAAGGAAAAAAUACGACCAGUGAUUUUGUAAUUUAUGUUUGUUGAGAAAUUGUUAUUUGAACGGUGAAAAUGAGCCAUUGUCAAUUUUAUUUCUUCACGAGACGUUUAAUUAUUAAUUAUGGACUAUGAAUGGAAUUUAUGAUAGUAUCGUUUGAAGUAAUUCUUCAGUGUAAUCCCUGCAGGAAAAGCAAGGUCGUUAAAAAAAAAGAGCGGCUGUUCUCUUCCCGCCACUUUUCAAGCCCUGUUCCUUCUUCCCUCUGAUGUAUAAGUUUAAUCGUAAAAAGAAGAAGAAGAAAAAAAAAAGAAGCGGUUGUGAUCCCUCGGUAAUGCGUUUUUCCUCCGAAAAUCGUGAAUUAUAUACACAGAUAUAUUAUAUUUGUAAACGGCGGAUCAGUCGUGAUUCGAUGAUGGUUCUUCAGGGUUGAACGAUGAAGGUCGAUUGUAAUUAAAAGCGUGGGUUAUUUUCUCCAUCGAUCGAAUCGCGACGGAACACGGCAAUGCAAUGACAUCCUAAAGAUGUAAAACUUUCAGAUAAUAAACAUGCAUAUUGUUGUACAAA